GAGUUCAAAGCAUCCCCUGCCCACGCUCUCCAAGUUCCUGGCCAAAAACGUUUCCCCUCAGUAUCAGAGACCUUGAGUUCUCCAGGCCCAGCAUUAUUUCAUUUUUCUUUCAUCAUAUUGAAACUGACUAUAGUCGUUUUAUAUGGAUACCGUAGUAUUGUGAUGUAUAUUCAUUACAAUCGACAAGGAUGAAUACAUUCAUAAUUAAGACUAAGAAAUUGCCGGGUGCUGGGACGGUCACCAAAUGGUGAUUCCCACAACGUAUGCCCACACCCAACGUCCUAUUGGCUAAGUGACUUUCAAAACGUAACACGUCACAUGAGACUUUGAAUUGUGGCAAUGAAAAAAUCAAUCAUUUCAUUACUUGUUAUUGGUAAUGAUACACGCCUACAGUCCUGAAACGCAAUCAUUAAUGAUAGAACGUCUGGAGGAGUAAGAGAUAUUUACAUAAGAUACAUUUGAGGAGUCAUCCAAGAUGAUGACCAAGGUCAAGACGCAGGGCCUGGUCACAGACCUGAUGCCCUGCAUAAGAUUACUGCAAGCAGCGGGCCACUUCUUAUUCAAUUAUCAUGCCGAUACCUCCGGAAUGAAUAUGCUCCUACGGAAAAUAUAUUCGAGUGCCCAUGCCGUGCUCAUUGUCGUCCACUACAUCUGCAUGGGCAUCAACAUGGCACAAUACAAGGACGAAGUCAACGAGCUCACGGCAAAUACCAUUACGGUCCUGUUUUUCGCUCACAGCAUCAUUAAGUUGGCAUUCUUUGCGUUCAACUCUAAAAGUUUUUACAGAACCCUCGCAGUGUGGAAUCAGUCCAACAGCCAUCCGUUGUUCACAGAAUCAGAUGCCCGUUACCAUCAGAUCUCUUUAAGCAAAAUGCGAAGGCUUCUUUAUUUCAUCUGUGGCAUGACCGUUUUUUCAGUAAUCAGCUGGGUCACUUUAACGUUCUUCGGUGAAUCUGUCCGUAUGAUAGCCAGUAAAGAGACAAAUGAAACUUUGACGGAGCCUGCGCCUCGAUUACCCCUCAAGGCGUGGUAUCCAUUUAAGACAAUGAGUGGCGGCGGCUACGUUUUCGCUUUCAUUUACCAGAUUUAUUUCCUGCUUUUCUCAAUGGCAUUGGCGAAUUUGCUGGAUGUCAUUUUCUGUUCGUGGUUGAUAUUUGCCUGUGAACAGCUGCAGCACUUGAAGGCAAUUAUGAAGCCGUUGAUGGAACUAAGCGCUGCUUUGGACACCUACCGUCCCAAUACGGCUGAGUUGUUCCGAGUUUCAUCUACUGAUAAGACCGAGAAAGUACCAGAUGCAGUAGAUAUGGAUAUCCGCGGAAUCUAUUCCACUCAGCAAGACUUCGGAAUGACUCUACGGGGUGCUGGAGGGAAGCUACAGAACUUUAAUGCGGAGAACAAUCCUAACGGUUUGACAGCAAAACAGGAGAUGCUGGCUAGAUCAGCUAUAAAAUAUUGGGUUGAACGUCAUAAGCACGUUGUUAGGCUGGUUGCUUCAAUAGGAGACACAUAUGGAACGGCUCUGCUAUUUCAUAUGUUAGUAUCGACCAUCACUCUUACUUUACUGGCGUACCAGGCGACUAAGAUAAACGGUAUAAACGUGUAUGCAUUCAGCACGAUCGGAUAUCUCGUUUAUACUCUUGGACAAGUGUUCCAUUUCUGCAUUUUCGGUAACAGACUUAUUGAGGAGAGCUCAUCGGUUAUGGAGGCCGCCUACUCGUGUCAGUGGUACGACGGUUCCGAGGAGGCGAAGACGUUCGUGCAGAUCGUCUGCCAACAAUGCCAGAAGGCGAUGACGAUCUCUGGAGCGAAAUUCUUCAAUGUUUCACUGGAUUUGUUCGCUUCGGUGCUGGGCGCUGUUGUCACGUACUUCAUGGUGUUGAUCCAACUGAAGUAGACGUAGUCCUUAAUUUCUGUUGCUAAUCACGAAUUCAUAUUUCAAUUCCCACUUAUAUCGUAAAAUCUAAGCAAUAAAAUAUAUUAAUAAAAAAAAAACUACCCACUAAUUUAGAAACUUUAAUCGAAGUUGUAGCGUGGGCGGUAUUUUGCUAAUCUCGAUCAAAAACUGGGCGCGUAUCGCUGUUCGCUGUCUUCAUAUUUCCUAUGAGAGACUACGAUGGUGCCCCUGAAUUUUGAAGGUUUUAUUGUAAGGUUAUUAUUUAAUUAAUCAUGUUCCACAAACAAUCAAUUAAAUCUUUAAAAUUUUCGAAAUAUCUUUUUGUACCAACUUUGAUGUCGCAAUUAUAAAAGUUUAAUUUUC